UGUCAAUCGGCUAUAACAUUUCCUUCCCUCUCUGAUCGCUUGUCUGUCAAUUUGUCUGUCUUUGUUAAACAAAAUACUUAUUUCUGUAAUUAUGAACAUAUUUUACUUUUAUAAAAGGCAGGUAGAGAGAUGGCACUGCGGAGAGCUACCGUAGUGUCCAUCAUUUUCGCACUAUGUGGAUGCCUCGGCGGGGAUGUAACGACAACACAGGCCGCAGAUGUGACUGCAGAUAUGACUACAAAUGUGACUACACAGACAACUGAUCAAACUCCUGAUCAAAUAACACACCAAACAACAGAUGUGACAAUAGAAGCAACAGAUCUUACAAAAGUUCAAAGAACAGAUCAAACAACAGAUCAAACAACAGAUGUGACUACAGAUCAGACAACAGAUGUGACUACAGAUCAGACAACAGAUGUGACUACACAGGCAGCUGAUCAAACAACAGAUGUGACUACACAGGCAACUGAUCAAACAACAGAUGUGACUACACAAGCAACAGAUCAAACAACAGAUGCAACUACAGAUCAAACAACAGAUGUGACUACAGGUCAGACAGCAGAUGUGACUACACAGGCAACAGAUCAAACAACAGAUCUGACAAAAGAUCAAACAACAGAUCAAACAACAGAUGUGACAAUAGAAGCAACAGAUCAAACAACAGAUGCAACAACAGAUCUUACAAGAGUUCAAACAACAGGUCAAACAACAGAACAAACAACAGAUGUGACUACAGAUCAGACAACAGAUGUGACUACACAGGCAACUGAUCACACAACAGAUGUGACCACAGAUCAGACAAAAGAUGUGAUUACACAGGCAACUGAUCAAACAACAGAUGUGACUACACAAGCAACAGAUCAAACAACAGAUGCAACUACAGAUCAAACAACAGAUGUGACUACAGGUCAGACAGCAGAUGUGACUACACAGGCAACAGAUCAAACAACAGAUCUGACAAAAGAUCAAACAACAGAUCAAACAACAGAUGUGACAAUAGAAGCAACAGAUCAAACAACAGAUGUGACUACAGAUCAGACAACAGAUGUGACUACACAAGCAGCUGAUCAAACAACAGAUGUGACUACACAGGCAACUGAUCAAACAACAGAUGUGACUACACAGGCAACUGAUCAAACAACAGAUGUGACUACAGAUCAGACAACAGAUGUGACUACACAAGCAACAGAUCAAACAACAGAUGUGACUACAGAUCAGACAACAGAUGUGACAACACAGGCAACUGAUCAAACACCAGGUCAAACAACAAAUCAAACCACAGAUCGAACAGCAGAUCAAACCACAAAUCGAACAACAGAUCAAACAACAGAUGUGACUACAGAGACAACAGAUCAAACAACAGAUCUAACAACAGAUCAAACAACAGAU